CUCAGGUACAGAGAGCAGCGUGAAAUUGGAAACGCGGAGAGGAGGAAUGGAAAGAGAAGAGAACACCGAGGCAGGAUUGCAUCAUUAUUGCAGCAGUCAAGGAAGGAAGGAGCAUACAAGUCACUCGAGACCGUUUCUCCCUGGCCCAACAACUGGCCCAAGAACAGAGGAAAUCAGCCUCAACAACCUCCACUCAUCUGCUAUAUUAUUAUUAUUUAUCACUGUUAUAAUCCUUGAAGGUUUCAAUUAAGAUCUUAAAGCCGGCUGCAAUAAGGUGCUAUUUAUUUUUACUUUUUCUAGGAGCCGCCGAAAAAUCUCGGAAACAAUAUGAGUUUCAAGGUCUCCUCCGUGCUUUUGUAACCGAAUCAGGAGGAAUCCAAUUCCAACUCCGCUGAAUUGGUUUGAAUUGUUCUUACUCAGUUAAUGAGGUGGGAAGGGAGUGGUUGCAAGUGGAAUGUGAUCUCUUCAUAUUGUAAUUAACGUGUGCAAGGUACAACUUUACACCAAGAAGAUAAUAGUCGCAUACUUUAGUUAAUUAUGAGUUGUAGCUGCUUUGGGGCCUCAAAAGUCAGGCGGAAAGAGAGAUCUGCUCAUCACGAAAUAGUAGAGAACUUGCAUGUGAAUAUUAAAUAUUUCCGCUACAAUGAAUUAAGAUUGGCGACAGAUAAUUUUCAUCCAAGCAAUAAGUUAGGCCGAGGGGGUUUUGGAACCGUUUACAAGGGAACCCUAAAACAUGGAAUAGAAGUUGCUGUGAAGACACUUUCUGCCCAGUCGAAGCAGGGAUUACAUGAAUUUUUGACGGAGAUUAAUACCAUAUCGAACGUCAGGCAUCCAAACCUUGUUGAGUUGGUAGGCUGCUGUGUUGAAGGAUCCAACCGAAUUUUGGUCUAUGAAUAUGCAGAAAAUAACAACCUCGAUCGUGCAUUAUUAGGUUCAAAUAGUUCGAAGAUCAACUUGAAUUGGGAGAAAAGAUCUGCUAUUUGCAUGGGAACUGCUAGGGGUCUUGCAUUUCUUCAUGAAGAACUUGUACCACAUAUUGUUCAUAGAGACAUUAAAGCUAGUAACAUACUUCUCGAGAAAGAUUUUAACCCAAAAAUUGGAGACUUCGGGCUGGCUAAACUUUUCCCAGAUGACAUCACUCACAUAAGCACAAGAAUUGCGGGAACAACUGGUUAUUUAGCACCAGAGUAUGCCUUGGGGGGUCGUUUAACCAUGAAAGCUGAUGUUUACAGUUUUGGAGUUCUUUUACUUGAAAUUGUUAGCGGCAGAAGCAGUGCAAAGGAAAACUGGGGAGGGACGGAGAAAGUGCUUUUGGAAUGGGCGUGGCAGCUCUAUGAGGAAGAGAGACUUUUGGAGAUUGUGGAUCCAGAUAUGCAAGAAUUUCCCGAGGAAGAAGUCGUUAGAUACAUGAAGGUAGCCUUUUUCUGCACCCAAGCAGCAGCAAGCCGAAGGCCACUGAUGAGCCAGGUCGUCGACAUGCUUUCGAGGAACAUCCGGCUCAACGAGAAACAACUUACUGCUCCUGGCCUUUUCACAGAUUCGGGGGCAUCUUCCUCCAAAAAAGAGUCAUCCUCCGAGAGCACCAGCUAUCGGAUGAGCUCAGUCCCAGUAACAAUCACUCAAGUAACCCCUAGAUGAAGAACGAGGUUUAAUAAUUCAAUUCCGGGGUCGACCAACCUGUCAUAGAGUGCAUGCAUCUCCCAUUAUUCAAAAUUAUUAUUAUUUUUUGUUUACUUAGUCACAUAAUUGUUAUACAUUUUUUUUGGCCUUUGGAUUGGGGAUUCGAGCAUAAUCUCCUUCACACAAACGCACACACUAUUUUUUUCAGGUCCCAGGAUUGCUUCAAGUGGGAGGUCUGCGAUAGCGCGGAUAGCAUACAGUACAAUUGUGCAGUAUUUCAUGUCAUCGUUCAUGUAGACAUAUUGUUAUAUGAGCAGAACAGUGAAUUUGCAC